AUGGCAAAUCCUUUCAUCGAACGACCCCUAGUCGACCGCCUUCUCGCCUCCCCACUCGCCUUUUUCCUGCAUCCCAUCCACAUCCUUCUCCUCCGCCUGCGCGGACCUCCUCACCUCCCAUCCUCAUCCUCCACCACACGACCCAUCCGCGUCGUCUGCAUAUCCGACACCCACACCCUCGAAUGGAGCGACAUACCCGAUGGCGAUCUACUAAUCCAUGCCGGUGACUUGUGCAACGACGGCAGCGUCCGCGAAAUCCAAGGAACCGUAAACUGGCUCAAAACGUUACCGCAUCGACAUAAAAUCGUGAUUGCGGGGAACCACGAUAGUUAUUUCGACCCUAGGUCACGAUUGGAUGAGGAUCGCGAGGAGAAAGUCUCCUCGUCGCUGGCGAAUAUAUCUGCGUCGACGGCGUCCAUACGGUCCGUGGAUAUCGAUAUUGACGAUUUUGAGGGCGGGAGGAUUGAUUGGAGCCACAACACGCCGACGGAGGACUACGACUACGCCAGUCACAGCGACGAGUAUCUCAGCGAAAAAGGAGAUGAUCACAGAGAUGAUAUCCACUACCUCCAACACUCCUCCAUAUCCCUCACCUUCCCCGCGCUCACUCCCAACCAACGCUCGCGCACCCUCAACAUCUACGGCGCCCCUCAAAUCCCUACCCCAAUGCCCUUGGGCCCCGAACACGCAUUCACCUACCCGCCUCAACAAGACGCAUGGACAAACACAAUCCCACCGGAAACCGAUAUCCUCGUAACCCAUACCCCACCUUAUACACACCGCGACCUAGGCCCUAAUUUCAGUAUCGGCUGCCCGUUCCUGUUAAGCGAAGUAUGGCGCGUGAGGCCCAUAUUGCAUGUCUUCGGGCAUGUACAUUUUGCGUAUGGUUCUGAGCCUGUGUUCUGGGAUGAAGCGCAGCGAGCCUGGGAACGGAUUUCGACGAGGUGUUCGGCGAGACAGCGUCAACUACAACACUCUUCAUCCAGCCUGAUGGCGCGGUUUGGAGGACUAUUUUACGAUCUGAUCACGCCCAGGAACUGGCUUGAUGCGUUUAGAGUGCUGUUUUAUGACGUCACGGGUAUCAUCUGGGCGCGGGUCUGGGGUGGUCAGGUUGGGCGCGGAAGUGGAUGGAUGGUGAAUGCGGCAAUGAUGUAUAAAGAUACAGGCGUGUUGAGGAAUAAACCUCAAGUUUUCGUCCUAUAG